GAAAUGCACCACAGGUCUUGUCACCACACACCAACACAGUCUGCCUGCAUAUAAACAGGGAGGCAAUGUAAACAUAAGACUGCGGAAGAGCUCUUCACAGUUCAAGUUAAGCUCUGCAGGCGAGACGACACAAUCAUGCUGCUGGUGUUGAGAGCUUUGCUGGUGCUGGGCCUGGCCACGCUGUUGUACGCCACCAGGAAAGGCCAGGAAGUCUCGGUAAGGUUGGGGAAGGGAACCAGACUGAAGGGCAAGACAGUGAGACUGGUCCUGGAUCCCUCAGUGCAGUCUCAGAUCAACAGCACGUCUUCCUCAGCCAUCGCCAAAAUGUCUCUGUCACCAUGGACGUACAGAGACUCCUGUGUAGCAUCUCGGUUGCCUAGGCGGAUUUCUCAUGCUCAGUGCCUGACCUCUGGCUGUUUGAGCCUGCAGGGGGGAGGAGAGGAUGCAGCCCUGGAGGCCAAACCUAUCUACCACCAGGUCCUGGUCCUCCACAGAGUCCCAAGGCAAAGGCACAGGAACAAAGGAGGGAGGAAGGCAAAGAACAAGUAUGACUUCAGACUGGGGACUGAGGUGAUCACAGUGGGCUGUACCUGUGUGAGGCCGAUGGUCGUGCCACAGCAGUAACACAGGAGACAGGAUGUUAGCAACUCUUUCAGCACACUGUAAAUGUUGUUUUUGUCACUUUCUAAUCUGUAUUCAGCAGUAUUUUUUUCUGUUAUCUCUGAAUCAAAUCACUCUGUGUAAUGUGGAAAGGUUUAUUUUUGACUGUUGUGACUAAUUACUGCUAGCAUAUCCUGGUGUGUUAGCCAUUAGCUCGCCAGUUACAGUAGUUACCAACACGCCCUGCGGUUUUCAUUAUUACAAGCAUUCAUACAGCAUUUGUAAAGUUUUAUUAUUAUUAUUGUUUUUAUCUUUAAUUAUUGUUGGGUAUUUUAUUUCACUUUGUUUUUGUAGUAUUUUUAAUUGUCUGAUUUUAUUUGCCUGAUUGCAGUCCUGAAAUGUUUUAAUCCUGGUUUAACAACGUAAAGCACUUUGUGACUUUGUUUUGAAAAGUGCUGUAUAAAUAAAGUUUAUUAUUACUGUUAUUCAAUUCAACACAUUUACUAUUUUCUCAG